AAUAAAAGCGAUUUGUUCGGCAGUUGACUCAGCUUGUGAAAAAAACUUCGUUUCUGAACGAACACCAAAACUGACAUUGACGUUUGUAUAAUCUGUUUCCGGCCUUUUCCUUCGCUCCCGUUGCAAUCAUGGCGGUGAACAACAUUUCUAAAAAGCGAAAAUUCGUCGGAGACGGAGUUUUCAAGGCGGAACUCAAUGAGUUCUUGACCAGGGAGCUUGCUGAGGAUGGCUACUCCGGCGUGGAGGUGCGCGUCACUCCGACUCGCUCGGAGAUCAUCAUUAUGGCCACCAGGACACAGAGCGUGCUCGGAGAGAAGGGCCGCAGGAUCCGUGAGCUGACCUCCGUGGUGCAGAAGAGGUUCAACAUCCCGGAGCAGUCCGUGGAGCUGUACGCCGAGAAGGUGGCGACCCGCGGUCUGUGCGCCAUCGCGCAGGCUGAGUCGCUCAGAUACAAACUCAUUGGAGGACUUGCUGUGCGUCGUGCAUGCUAUGGUGUCCUCCGUUUCAUCAUGGAGUCUGGUGCCCGUGGUUGCGAGGUUGUCGUGUCCGGCAAGCUGCGUGGUCAGCGUGCCAAGUCCAUGAAGUUCGUGGACGGCCUCAUGAUCCACUCUGGAGACCCAUGCAAUGACUACGUCAACACAGCCACACGUCACGUGUUGCUCAGACAAGGAGUGCUUGGUAUUAAGGUCAAGAUCAUGUUGCCAUGGGACCAACAAGGCAAGAACGGCCCCAAGAAGCCACAGCCCGACCACAUCCUGGUGACGGAGCCCAAGGACGAGCCCGUGCCCCUGGAGCCCACCAGUGACGUGCGUUCCCUUGCGCCCGCGCCGCUGCCGCAGCCCGUACCCGCUGUCGCUUAGGUCUUAAGCUAAUUAAUACAAAAAUAUUGAAAAGCCUA